AUGCAACGACUUUUAUGGAUUUAUUGCCAAAUUAGAUUUGCACAAUAUCUACUUCAAUUCAUUGCAAAUGUAAUCAUUCCGGAUCAUGAUGCACGUGCCUUCAAUCCACCUUUAUGGUCAUUCGACAAGGGC